AUGCCACGAAGCUGGACUCCCACAUCCCUCCAGGGACACAGCGCGCUCCGGUCGAGGGAUGGAGCUCGGGACUACCCUUUUGCAGGCGAGGAGCAGGCCCGGAGAGAAGAGUCGAAACGGCGACGCGCGAGACAGCACUUUGUUGCGGCACUCGGUGAAUUCGUUGGGACCGUGCUGUUCCUUUGGUUCUCGUUUGCCAUCGGACAAACCGCCGCUUCGACUGGCGAUGUCGCAGGGACAUCUUCCCAAAUCGUUCUGACGAGCUUGGGGUUUGGAUUCUCAUUGCUCGUCAACGUUUGGGUCUUUUACAGAAUAUCAGGUGGAUUGUUCAAUCCAGCUGUCACCCUUGGCAUGGUCAUAACUGGAAACCUACCAUGGCUCCGUGGUCUCCUGCUUCUACCAGCCCAGUUACUGGGCGGCAUGGUCGCCGCCGCCCUGGUCAAAUGCAUGUUUCCUCCGAAAGACCUCGCCUUCAACACCCUCUUGAUGAACGGCACUACACCGGCACAGGGGGUCUUUAUCGAAAUGUUCCUGACUGCAUUGUUGGUCUUCACCGUUCUAAUGCUGGCUGCUGAGAAGCAACGGUCCACGUUCGUGGCUCCGGUGGGGAUUGGUCUGGCAUUGUUCGUGGCGAUGAUGGCUGGUAUCCGUUGGACCGGUGCAUCCCUCAACCCUGCACGAAGUCUCGGCCCAGCCGUGGCCACGCCGCAUUUCCCAGGAUAUCAUUACAUUUACUGGUUCGGCCCCAUCAUGGGCGCUCUGGUAGCGGGUGGAUACUACAGGUUCGUCAAGUGGUUGCACUACGAAGACGCGAAUCCAGGCCAGGAUGCCAUCGAUGAGAGGGAGAAAGAGAAAGAAGAAGAAACAACUCAGUCGUAA